UGUACACUGUCAAAGAUUGUACGCACUCUCAGAUGGCUUUCACGUCGACUCAGAAGUACCGCCAUUUACUGCAAUUUUAAACCGAAACCUGACUCUCAAAAUGUAAUCUUAUAAUUCCCUACGCUUUUGGCGAUGUCGAGCUGUGGUAACUAUGUGGAAAAUGUCUGGAGAAAGGGAAAAUGCGCAAACUGUUUUGGAUCAAAGUUGGACCACUCGACGACCCAAGUCAAAAAUGGCGGGGCACGCAAUACCAGUUCCACUGACGCCCAAAGAGCUACAAAUGGAAUUAAUGGAUAUUCUAAAUAUGAGAACAAGACUGUGAAGGGGUUGGAUGACGAUGGAUUUGAUAACCCCAUAAUUGGGAAGUCCACUAAUGCGACAAAGGGCUUGAAAUCCGGUUCUAUUUCAACCAGCGUUUCGCUCGAUGAAACUGGAAAUUCGCGGCGUGAAAAUACACCGGACCACAAAGAAGACUGCUUAGAGGAUUUUAAAAAAGACUCUAAAUCACCAGAGAGGCCAAAGCCUGCUCCCAAACCGCGUGCUAGGGGAUUUUCUUGUGGCUCUUCGUCUUCACAAGAAGACAUUUUAAUAAAUUGUGGCUCUUCGUCAUCUGAUUGCAGUCGAUCAAACACUACUACCCCUGAUGUCCUAGAACAAAACAUUAACAAUGGAAAUCUCAAUGCUUGGAGCUCGCCCGACGUGGAAACGAACCAUAUGAAAGACUCUUUGAAUGGAUUAGAUUCAAACGUCGAAAGAUCAAAAGGAACUCAUUCCUCCGGGGACUCACAAACAAUAUCGAGAGGUGGUGCUAGCGAUCAGGAUUCGAACGGUAGAAUAAUUUAUAACACGAGACAUUCUGACAGUGUCUCGAAUGGUUCAGAGACCGGAAAAGUCACAUUAAACGAUUUAACCACAAAGAGAAUGAACGAAAUCGAAGAGGAUGGGGGUUAUGUUCCGAUGAAAAAUAAUGUGUGCGAGGUUAAUGGUGGGAGAGAUAAAGAAACAAGACUAAGUGCGGAUGAAAAUCGACCGGCGACAGAUAAAAUCUCGAAGCAAUCUCUAUCUGUCAGUUUAGUCGACAGAAGCGCUGAGGACGCGCUCGCUGAAAACACAGAGCAGGAUUUAGGGUCACAACUAUACGUCAACCAGGGAAUUAAGAGCGACGGAAGCAGUGAACCUUUGAUAGGAGUGGAAACCAGAGGAAUCUCAGACAUGAGUUCUGUGGGAUCAUGCUCUGGUGAUGUCAUAGCCAAUGACACGAUGGAGCCAUAUUAUGAAAAUCAGCUUAGCAUGGAAAGUGAAAAGAAGGAGAGUUGCUCAAGCGCGUCCAGUCUAGCUAAUGGGCAAUUGUGUGUGACCACAAAAGGCAGUGGGAUCACUUUGUCAUCAGAUGACGCUAGUGUAGAUGAUACGUCUCCUGUUUUCGAGGGGGAUAAUAAGGAGCUGAGUGGAAGUUCUACGUCUAGUAGCAGCUCAGCAAGUUCAUCAGACAGUUCUAGCAAUAGUAAUAACAGCGCACAAAAUGAAAAGUCUGUAUUGUUUUCAGCAGACGAGGAAAGAAGGGCGGAGCAUCAAAAACGAAAGCUCGACCCUGAAAUGGUGAAAAAAAGACAGUCUAAUCCUGACAUUAAAAGUGCCAUUGAAGGCCCACAAUACAUGAAUGCAAAAGCGAAACCAGUAGCUAAGCCUUAUAAGGUAGUUGACAUAAGCUCUGGGGUGCUCUAUCGUGAAGAUGAGGUAGACCAACCAGAAAUACCACCACUACCCCCUAAAGAGCGGGAACUAAACCAGAUCCAAGAGGACGAAGAUAAAGACCACUAUUACCAUGAGCCCCCAGAGGACAUUGUGCCAGAUUACAAGAAGUUAACCCCUGUACUGGGAAAAGAACCUGCACCAGAAUUCGACAUCAAAAAAGGACGGGCAGGAUUGAAUAACUUACCUAUCCCAAGACCACGGUCCCAGCUCCAUGUCUCUACCCUUCCUCGACCUGUGCCUAGAGCUAAGACAGCUAAGGAUCUGGUUGCUGCUGAUCAGACCGUGAGGCCUGUCUCUCAAGUUGUCACAAGAGCACCAUGCAUUGAUGCACCUAGACCACCUUCAACUAGCACCAUACCCUCCCGUAAACCCAGUUCAACAGUAUCAUCUCCACCCACCUCCCCUACAGCCUGCCGCCUGCAGACACCAGGGUCACCGGAACAGAACAAACAAGAGGAGGGUGCCGACACUCUUAGUAGGGAACAGCAGUUAAAGCCUACUCGAUCAGCGCCGCCGCCGCCGAUGGGUACUCGCUCGUCAUCUCCGAAACCCAAGGACAAGCUUUCUGUCCAUUCACCGACAUCAGCAGCUAAACACCCCCCUGCUGCCACCAAGCAACAAGUUCAUUCACCCCCUUCUGUAACCAAAACCGGCCACACAAUAUCAGCCAGCACUAAAACUCAAGACAGCAAAGGUACCCUUAAGGCAGCCGUGAAGACUUCUCCUGCUACCAAGACGUAUGGCCCACCAGCUACAGGGACGACCUCAAAGGAGCAGGACCAGGCAUCCAUGGUGACAGUCCAGGUAGAGGGGUGCUCCACGACGCAUCAGGUCAAGAUGCGACAUCUGGAUGGGGAAGCGCAUUCGGGUUGGCCCUCGCCAAAGUCUGGCUUCAGGCGAGCACUAUCAUCAUGGAAGAGGCUGAGCGGAAGAAGAAAAGGUAAACGUAAACUGGAGAUCAGCUCGCCUAUUCUUGUUAAUGAGGAGAUCCCUAGCUUUGCUGUUCAGCAAGACACGCUAAGGAAGCGCAUCUCCACGACGGAUUCCUCCCAGGCGGUGUGCACAUCCAUCCGUGAGCUUCAAGAAGAGAAAAAUAAUGGAAACGAGACGCCAUCGCCAGAUACAAAGGAUAACACUGAAGGCACGACCUCACCCGAGGUUCCUGUGAGAAAACCUGGCCAUUCGUAUCAGAAUUUUCCAUUCUCCAAAGCAGGGAGCGUGGAAAAACCGUCUAAGCCAGAACGAGGGAGCAAGUGCUCAAAACCCGUUCAAGAGGUGAAACCUCACGAAGUGCAAGUCCAGGAGGACCCUGCUUAUCUCGAACCCUGCGUUGACAGCAUGACCAUCAAGGUGGAGACUGCCCUCGCUAACCUGAACGAUGCACAGAUACUUGCCGAGGCCCUGUCGCGAGUCGAACAGGAGAAACUAGGACCUUUGCCCGACGUCCCAAAGUCCAAGCAUGUUCAUUUUGGCGCUACGGAAGGAGCUCGUGCAGAGGGCAAGCCAGCGUGCCCCCCAAAGAGACCCAUACGAGCUGUGUGCCCCACCAUAGUGAAUGGAGUUGCUGAGAAGAAGAAACCUCCACGCCCUCAGUACCCCUCGCUACCUACAAAUUCUAAGGUUCCAGACCCUCCGCGAGGCCGUUCAAAAAGUAUGGGGGCCACGCACGCCCCUUCCAUCCCCGAACCACCCCGCAACAGAAGCGUCAGCAUACAAAGCAACCCAACAAAGAGUCACUACAGCCGCAUCCUAGAAAUGCACGUCCAGACGUUACGCGAGGUAAUCGCUACAAGCAGGGGCGCCUUCCUACCUGGAGAUAAUAUCGACCUGUCUAGUACCCGGUGGGGGGAUUAUGUCGUCUGUGGAGAUCCCCUGACAGUGAGAGCUCCUGGAGCGGUACUGCUUCCGGUAAAGUGCUCCAAGGUGGAGGACGAGUUGCCGCUCUUAGCUAGGGUCAAGUAUCCUAAGGCGGUGACGGAGGACAUGUCCCAGCGAGCCGCCUUCAUGCAAGACAUGUCCGUCACGGUCUCCAUCCCAUCGCACGUCAACGUCGCACGCAUCGUGGCCCACUUUACGGACACUCUUCCCGGACACUUGUUUGGCAUCGAUGGAGACAGCGACUGGGAAACCCUGGUGACCAUUUCCGAUCAACACCCGGUGGAAUCCGUGGCGGAAUUCUUGGAACGGACGAGAGAGGAACACAAGGAAAAUCCGGAUGCGUACGAGAGGAACGUGUGCGUGUUGAUGAUCCAGUUGUUUGCUGCGUUAGACCACUUGCACUCUGAGGGGAUUGUACAUAGGGAUCUUAACGCAGAGAACCUACUUUUGUUGGAUGCGGGUAACCUUAUCGUGGCGAACUUCGGGAAUAUUCUACAACAGCCGAAGGAGACCACCUCUCGCUUCUUCUACAAAGCGGAGAAGGUCAUACAAUCAAGCGGAAGUCAUCCACCGCCGGAAAUCGUGAACUGUACAGCGGACACGGGGACGGUGGAUCUAGAGAGGUGUGAUGCAUUUGCUGCUGGCUGUCUCAUGUACGAACUGCUACACGAGGUCAAUCCUUUUGCGUCGAAUUCGAAGCUCAUUUGUAGCGAAUACUCCGUAGAAGAGCUUCCUCAGCUCCCCGAACGCUCACGGUUUACCUGUGGAAUAGGUGCUAUAGCUUCCGGUCUCCUCGAGCGAAACCCGUCGGAACGCAUGCUCCCGCGAGAAGCCCUUCAACUGCUGCAAGCGUUUCUAUGGGGACCAGAGGAACUCGACAACAGCUGUCUGGAUGAUUCCGCACGUGAUUGGCUGGAAACAGAGCGCGCAUGCGCAGUAGUAGGGAUCGCGCGCAGCCAGACUUUGGGCAAAUCUCCUUGGGGUGAUGACUUUGUGGAAAAUUUCUUGAAAUAUGAAUAUCUGGUAGGGACCUGUGUGGAGGAAGUAGUGAAUGGGUUUAAAGCACUUGCUCCGCUCGACACCCUCAAUGACACACUAUGAUUCAGAUAAAGUAUCAUCGAGUUACGCAGAGUAGGAAUACGGCCAAGUAGUGUUGGAGCGAUAACAGGAGGUAUAUUUAAUUGCUGUGCUUUUGAUGUUGUAGUUACGAGAAAGAUACAACACAAAGUAAUUCUUUAAGGUUGGUUUUCAUUAGUAUCAAGCAAGCGCAAAUAACCGUGGUGGUUCCCGGAGUUCAUCUUUCCUCUCUACAGACUAAAAUAAUAAUAAAAAAUAUAUAUGGGUUAUAAAAUCCAUUUAAUUUAUAAUCAAGAGAGAGUCCAGGGGGAUCACCCCUAUCCAUUUGUAUUUCCUUAUUUGUCUGGCCACACGCUAAUAGUAAGAAGCGAUCGACCGCAAGCGCUAGAGAUUCAAGCAGACAUAACGCUUGUGUUGCGGUGCGUAAACAAAUGAUACUUCUUAAUGCUGCGCUUGCGCUUGGGUCCUUCUGGAAACCAACAGUGGUAUAUAAGUGUCCAGUAACAUGACUUUAAAAAGUGGCUUCUUAUAGAGAUUAUAGAGAUAGAGAGAUUCAGCUAAACUCAUAGUGUCUUCACGUCCUAUUGGGUCAGUUCUAGAAUGGUUGUACUGUCUGCCAUAGUAACUAAUUUAGAAUAAGGGUUCAAUGCUAAAGUGGUUAACGGAUUAGAUCCGACCGAGUAUUUAUAAGAGAUUUUAAUUAGAAGAUGUUACUUUAUGAGGUGAAAUACGUUCUCGAUUAUCGUUAGGUACAUCCAUUUGGUCUGUUUUCUCAUUAUAGUAUAAGUUAUUUUUUCAUUGGAAGACUAAAAAAAGGUCAAUUAUGACUGACUUUUUUCUCUCAUAUAGAUUGAAAACUAUAACAAGAUGUUUUAGCAAUGCUGUUUUAUUUUGACAAUUUUAUGUGCAUUUUUAAGUUCUUACAUUGAAGAUUUAGAAAACAAAGGUCGAUAUUAAUCAAAUAUUUAUUAUGACAGGAAUAUCCUGAAAUGUUGUGAAACGUUUGUUGUUUAGUAUGUUUGUUGGAAAUAAAUUGAAGGUAGAAACAUUAAA